CAGUAUGGCGCUCAGUCAACUUCCUCUUGUGCUCUUGCUGAUUUCAAUCGUCUACUCUCAACAUACUGAAGAAACACCAAAACCCAAAGUGACCAUCAAACCUGAUGAACAUGUAUUCAGAGGAGAGACAGUCACUCUCAGAUGUGACAUAUAUAGUGAAGGAGUCACUAGCUGGGAGUACAUCUGGAAUAAAGAUGGUUCAUUCUACCGUGUCAGUGAACUACAGGAACUCCCAUUCAGUCCUGUUACUGAGUUUGACGCAGCUAAAUACUGCUGUUAUAGAGCAGAGAGAGGAGGAUCACGCAGCUCACGCUGCAGUGAUGAAGUUACACUGACAGUAUCAGACAUUCCCAGAGCAGUGUUAAGUGUUUCUCCACAGAAGUGGCUGACUGAAGGAGAUUCAGUGACUCUGAUCUGUCAGGUUAACGGCUCCUCUACAGGCUGGACAUUCAGCUGGUACACUGAAACUGUCUCAUCAGACAACAGCAAUCAUUAUAAGCGUCUCUCAGACAGCAGCAGAGGAGCUGGAGGAAACUACACUGUCAGUUCUGCUGCUCUAAAACACACAGGAGUUUAUGUGUGCAGAGCAGAGAGAGGAAAACCAGCCUAUAAAACCAUCAGCAACACACAGUUAAUAUGGGUCACUGCCAGUGUUUCUCCUCCAGUCUCUCUGAUCGUCAGUCCCAGCAGAACUCAACACUUCACAUUUGUCUCUCUCUCUCUGAGCUGUGAGGACCAGAGUAACUCUACUGGAUGGAGAAUGAGAAGAUACACAGAUGAUGGGCGGCUGAAAAGUUGUUCAUCACCACAGUGGGGAUCACAAACAGGAUCUACAUGUACAAUCAGAUACACCAUCCCAGAGGACACUGGAGUGUACUGGUGUGAGUCUGAAUCUGGAGAGAAACAUCAUCCUGUUAAUAUCACUGUACACUCUGGUGUGAUUCUGGAGAGUCCUGUUCAUCCUGUGACUGAAAGAGAAACUCUGACUCUACGCUGUUUAUAUCAUCAUUCAACCCCACCAAACCUCAGAGCUGAUUUCUAUAAAGAUGGAUCACUCAUCCAGAGUCAAACUACAGAGAUGAUCAUCCCUGCUGUCUCAAAGUCACAUGAGGGUUUCUACUCCUGCAAACACACAGAGAGAGGAGAGUCACGCAAGAGCUGGAUCUCAGUCACAGCUUCCUCCAGAACAUCAGGAUCUGAUGGUCUCAAUCCUGUGAUAGUUGGAGUGACUGCUGGACUCACAUUUUUGAUCAUUGUCUUCUUGGUCCUGCUGUGGCGCUACAGAAACAACAAAGGUGGAAGAUCUCAGUCUCCCUCCAGUGUCAGUCAACAGCAGAACAGCAGUCAGACAUCAGAGCAGAACCAGAGUGAAGCAGUAUAUACAGCACUCAUGUCUGGAACUGCUCAUAUUUAUGAUUCUCUUGAUGCCACAAUUAACAAAAACAUAAGCACAGACCGUGUAAGUGGACCUACUGUAAGAAAAAAUGAUCAGGACAUUGAAGAUCUCGAUGAAGAUGUUUAUUACAACAUAGCAAAGACAAAGUACAUGUAGUACCUUGGGUUCAACGGAGUCGGAAUGAACCCCGAACAUCCUAAGCUCAAACCUUUUAUACAGUUAUAGUUUACUACCCUUAAUGUAAAUGAAGUUGCUCCUGUUGUAACAGCUGUGCUCUGUAUGUUAAUGAAGUUCCGACUCCUAAUUGUCUGAGAUGGUUCUCGGUGUCCCACACCCGCUCCCAUUCUACAAUUGGUCACUAUUUGCUCAGCAUGUGAUCAUCCCAAAUGAUCUAGAAACAACAUAACGGUUGACUUUCUUCUUUCUAUAAUAAUUAAGCCAUUUUGGGAAGUGAGCAAGAUCAAACAUCUAUUGUGGAGUGGAAUCUGGGUCGGGACAGACUAUAGUUUCUUCCAGUCCCCCCCCACUUUGAUGCUCUUGGCCCAAAAGAAGCAUCACAGUCACUCUCGUUACACAGAUUACACCUCCGUUCCUGGCAGGUGCCCAGUGGUGAAGCCCUGCCUUAGGUUGUCCUCCUCUGGCCACUGGAGAAUCUUACCCGUCAUUGGGUCAUCACCUCAU